ACAUCAACGAGAGCGUGAACUUUCGCAUACACACACUGUAGACGAUAAAAUGAUGCAGUCCACAAGAGACCCAUAUCCCUUUCCAAAAUUACAGAACGAUGAAAAUUUCUUUGGAACAAGCUAUAGAGAGCAAACUGCUUAUGACAAACCAGUGCACCUUGCUCAGAGUGAAGACCCAUGGAAUAGACUAAAUGGGACCUGCACGCUAGCAUCCUCUAGGAGGGAAAUCUACCACAUGGACCCUCAAGCUCCUCGAGACAGCCUCGACUUUAUAUUGAAGUCUGAGUAUGACCACCAUGAUAAAUUUCUCAAGGCCAAAAAUGAAACUCUCUACCAGCCAGAAACAGCUGGUGAAAGCCAUGGGCGAGUUCUAAAAAAUCGAGAGGUUGAAGUUAUUGUGCCAAAGCCCUAUCUGAAUCAUCCUCUAUCAGUUAUAGAGCAGAAAAAGAAAGACAGCAUCCACUCCAUUGAAAAUGCUAUCGAGGGUCACCAUACACAAACUACAAACAGAGGUUACUCUAGGAAACCUGAUGGCGGCUUCUUCUCCUCUUAGACUUUCCGUCGUGAAAUCUAAAUAUUUCUAAAUACAAAUGUACAAAAUCACAAAAACACACACACAUUAUUGUGAAAUAAAUUAUUGAACCUGUUCAAUAAGAGGUUGUGGACAGUGGUUAUGCUGAGAAUUGGACAGUACCAAGCUAUUUUUCUUAAGUCAAAAGGUUAAUCAAUCACAAACAAAAAACAGCAUAGCGUAAAAUGCUGAUAACAUGAAUAUUUCCUUAAAGAAUUAUAUACAUUUGGAUUUUAAACAUUUUUCAUAAGUUUGUAGUUUGAGUCAGAAAGAAAAACACAAAAAACAGUCGAUCAACAGUAACCAUUGGCUGUUAAAUAAAACAUGAGAAAUUUGGACCAAUGAAAAGAGGGUUCAAAUUAUAGAAACCUGGAAAACAAACCCAUCACAUACAUGUAUUAUUAGAAUUCUGUGUCUUUUCUUCCUGUCUUUUCUUUCUGUCACUUCUGUAAUUUUCCUCUUCCCAAACAGAGAGUCCUCACGUGGAGGGUACUAAUGGUGGAUACUUCAGGAAACAUGAUGGGGGAUUCUUCCGAAACUAAUUAACGACUGCUGUACCGAAUUCUUCCGAAACUAAUUAACGACUGCUGUACCGAAUUCUUCCGAAAUUAAUCAAUGGCUGAUGUACUGAAUUCUUCCGAAACUACUAAUCUGCUGUCGUACCAAUUUCUUAAUCUUAUGACAGAAUUCAGAAAAUAUUCCUCACUUUUAGAGAUUCUUAAAUGUUUAUAAUUAAUUGAGUGAUAUAUUCAUUUUUAGGAUUAGUUUGUUGUUUCAUUAUGAGAGGAGAAUUGUGUUUGAUAUUUACAACAAAAAAUAUGUAUUACAGAGGACUUAUGUAUUUGUAAAUAAUUAAUAAUCUAGAUUAAAAUUUUAUACAUACAAGAGCUGAAUUAAAUGAUCACUCAUUUAGCUUUGUUUAUCACCUUGUCUUUAAAUAUGUUUAUUAUACUAUGUUGCUGAAUUGUAUGCGUUCAUAUAAUUUUUGUCUAAUAAAGCAUUACUGUGAUGAAA